AUGCCCGUGAUCCAAGGAGAAUCACCAGGGAAUCUGCAAGCAACAUAUCCGUUCCAGAUCAUUUUCAUUAGAGGGGAUUAUACCGGAGCAUACGUGGGAGAAUCACCAGGGAAUCUGCAAGCAACAUAUCCGUUCCAGAUCAUAGCGGUGGAUCAUAUACCGUCGCUGCCCCGAUCAAACAAAGGGGAUACUGAGCUGCUGAUCUGGGUCGAUCGAUUCACGGAAUACGCGAUCGCGAAGGCUAGCUCGUCCCGACCGGCCCAGACGGUCGCGUAA